UAACAACAACUUAAAAAAAACCCAAAAAAACAAAAAAAAAAACAUUCAGAGAGAAAAGAUAGAACGAACAUAAGUUUGUGUGGACAGUAUUUGAAAUGACGACGACGGCGUAUGCGGCGGCAACUUCCACCUCCAUGGCGGCCACCGCCGUCAUGUUACCACGUCUUCCCACCGUCACCACCACCGCCCGUUUCUCCGCCUUACCUAACCUCCCUGCUCGUUCGUUUUCUACCUCCAUCAAGCAGGUUUCAGAGUCGAAAAGGUCAACUCUUUUCCAGAUUAAGGCCUCGGAAGAUGCAUCAUCCGCACCAGAUGCCACUGAGUUGUUCAAUGACUUAAAAGAAAAGUGGGAUGCACUUGAGAACAAGUCGACAGUCAUAAUCUAUGGAGGAGGAGCAGUUGUAGCAGUAUGGAUAUCCUCAAUUCUUAUCGGUGCAGUCAAUUCCGUACCAUUGCUUCCAAAGAUCUUGGAGUUGGUAGGACUUGGAUAUACCGCAUGGUUUGUCUACCGAUAUCUGCUCUUCAAGUCUAGCAGAAAAGAGCUAGCCACAGACAUCGAGUCUAUAAAGAAGAAGAUUGCAGGGACCGAAUAGAAGAUCAUGGUUGCGAUCGAUGGUCCUACAUGUACUUUUGUUUGUUUAAUUCGAAUGAUGUUUUAUGUACAAGAGGCGUGCGUAUAUGAUCUUGUAAUGUAUAGUAUCUUAUGUGGAAUUUGUAUGUAGCCUUGCUCUUGUUUUGCUUCCCAUAAAACUUGACAAGCUUGAGUAAGCUGUGUCGUGUUCGUGGUUCUAGAUUUUGCUAAAAUUUCGGUUACCUGC